UUUGUCAUUGAAAAACUAUAAAGAAACGUCACACACGCUAGGUAAUAUUUAUUCUGGAACGCUUCACCAUUGGACGGAUGCCAUUUACGUCCACACACGGCGUCAUUAAUGUUCAUGAGCCAAGCCUUCUCUCCCUUCAGCUCACUUUCAUUCGUGAUUUCCCAAAGCGGCAGACUUGAGAUCAGCACUGAGAGGAGCAGAUAUCGCAUCAAAGGAUCAAACAGUUUAUCAAAAGAUGCGUUUGUCCGAGACGACACACAUCAUCAGAGGAUAGCGAUGGAGGACGGACUGGUGUCUGAAGACGAUAUAUUGCUGAAAUCAGAGAAGGAGUUUCACGAUGCUGCAAAGAGAAACGAUACAGAUAAAAUGGAGGAGCUGGUUAGAGGAGGGGUGGACGUCAAAGUCAAAAACAAGAUGAACCGUAAGGCCAUGCACUGGGCAGCCGGAGCGGGCAGUGAGCAGGCACUACGUCUACUUCUGGACCACGACACGGACUUGGAUGAAAUGGACAGCUUUGGCAUGAACGCUCUGCUGUUGGCCGCAUGGUUUGGUCACCUGUCAAUCCUGAAGAUCCUUGUUUCAACUGGGGCGAAGCUCACAUGUGAAAACCAAAAUGGCUUAAAUCUCCUGCACUGUGCAGCCCAGAGGGGUCACAUCAAUGUUUUGGAGUACAUCAUGGAAGAUCUAGAAGAUGUGCAGCUUAAUAAAGUGGACAAGUCAGGCAAGACAGCGUUUCAUUUGGCCGCAGAGCAUGGACACUUGGAGGUGGUGGAGUUUCUCAUUGGUAUGGGCUGUGCACAUGAUCUGAAGGACAAGGAGGAGAACACAGCUUUGCACUUGGCCGCUAAGCAUGGCCACAGCGAAGUCCUCCAGAAGAUUAUGGAAACGGGGGAGAACAUUGAUGAAAAAAACAUUGAUGGCAUGACAGCUUUACAUCUGGCAGCUGAAGAGGGACAUUAUGAGUGUAUUAGAUUACUGCUGGAGUCUGGCUGCAAUGUCAAUGAACUUACCAACAGAAACAGGACAGCCCUUCAUCUGGUGUCACAGCACAGCUCAGACAGAGAGGUCAGACUGUUGGUUCAGGCUGGGAUCAACCUGGAUUCAGUUGACACCCAACAAACCUCAGCUCUGCACCUGGCUGUACUCAACAACUCCACUGAAAUAGUCAAGUUUCUCAUCGAGGCCGGAUGCGACCUAGACAUCUGCGACAACCGCCAUCAAACAGCUCUGCACAUAGCAGCAGAACACGGACGCCACAACAUCGCCGAGAUGAUCCUCAUUUCCGGAGUCAACCUCAAUCUGACUGACAAGCAAGGAAAGACGUCACUAGAUGUUGCUUCCAGGGGAAACCACGUGAAUGUCGUUGACAUGAUUAUCAAAGCUGAUCGAUUUUACAAAUGGGAAAAGGAGAAUGUACAGAGCGAUUCUGAGUGUCUGAUCAGUGUCAGCUUUAAACAGGACCAUCAGCAGGAGACGCAACACAUUCGCUCUAUCUUAUGGAAACUGGCCACUAAAUAUCUCAAACCUGGCGAAUGGAAAAUUCUGGCCAAGCACUGGAACUUCUCCGAAGCACACAUUCGAGCUAUUGAACACCAGUGGACAGGUACAAAGAGCUACAAGGAGCACGGACACAGAAUGCUGCUGAUCUGGCUGCACGGUGUGAUCAUCGCUGGUGGAAACCCCAUUAAGGGCUUAUACGAAAGUCUGAUGGGAAUCGCAAGGACAGAUCUGGCAGAAAGUGUGCGACAGCAGGCUAAUGCAGAUCCAUCUUCUAACAAAAAAUGUUGUAUAACGUGAAGUCUGGCUUUCCCCAAACAGAAGUAAACUCUUGAAACAAGAACCACUGAAUGAAAACAUCCAGGAUGCAGCCACAGUGCUAAAAAGGGAGAACAUUUUCCUGAUAAACACUUUAGCACCUCAUCACAGGUGUAUUUUCUCCAAUAUCUAGGAUUCCAGCCGACCUACACUGAAUACAAUUCAAUUCAUAUACAGAUUUUUACAUUUCAUUAAUAUGUUUUUAGUUUAUU